CAACACCGCCGCCCGUCAUGCCGCCCAACCCUGGCAAGCCCUCGAUGAGCGAGCUCAAGCUCCGACGAUUGACAGAGCACAACCAGCGCCUGCGCGAGGACCUCGAGCGCCAGCGGGUCCGCGUCUCUGAAGCCAGCGCCAGCCUCAUCCGGUACUGCAAGACGACCCGUGACUACCUCGUGCCGUCAGUGUGGGGCCCAGUCCAGAAGGGCGAGGACCCGUACGCGCCGCAAGCGAGCGGAGGGUGCUGCAGCGUGCAGUGACGACUCGACUGUCGCCGCGCCAUCGCCGACGGCCCCGCUCGACUCGCCCCCUUUCCCCUCUUCUCGCCUCCGCAUAUCCCGGCCCGCCCAGCUCGCAGCGUCCACCUCUCCCCGAUUCCCACUUCGUCCCUGCGUCAUCGUCGUCGCCUACCCGCGCUGCACUUGCUGUUCCUCAGCCGCGCACCCGAUACCCCCUCGGCGCCGGCGUGCGCGCGUUCCUCCCGCCCCUCGCGCCCUCGCCCACCUCGAGCCUCCCUACUCUCCUAUCUCUCGGACCCCCAACGCCUUCGUCGACGCCUCGAACCUCUAUCGUCCGCCACGGCGUGCGCCCCGCCGCGUCGACGCCGUCGUCAGCCUCGCUCCCUCCUCGCCUUUUCCUAUCGCCUCUCCUCGUAGCCCCCUUGCCCCUAUCUUCUUGUCUCCCCUUUCGUUCCUGCAGUAGUACCUGGCACUCUGACUUUUCUGCG